ACGGCCCGAAUUUGCUUUAAAGGGACAGACAGGUCACACGCUUUCCUCUCCCCUCUUCCUCUUUGACUCCGGGCCGCAUUUCCCUUUGUUUGGAACUACCUUGGCAAACAUCAACAUGUCAAACGAAAGCUUGUCAAGUGAAGCUCUCUUGAAAGGCAUUCUGGAGGAGUUGGUUGCUUUACGGAAGGAGAAUGUUCAGCUUGCGUCUGCUGUAGACGGUAUCAACGGCCGUGUGAAUACAUUGGCUGGCAUCAAACAAAUUAAGGAUCAAGCAAAGAGUGACGCUUCCAUCAGUGUGUCCCAGCAAACAAAGGAUGAAGAAUCGCAAUCGGCAAAGACCGUAGAAGCUAUUAGCCAGCAGUAUGAGGAGCCGUCUCCCAGUGUUGACUCUUCUGCUCGUCGAACAAGCAUGUCCAAGACAUCCAAAAUCAUCUUGACCUCAUACCCCAACCAGGCGGGCGUAGACCCUUUGCCUAUGGAAUGGGGUCACAAAGAUCCUGCCGUAAGAGGUCCCGUCGUUGUCUCUAGGCAUGCCAAUACUAUUCGGAAGCGCAAUGCUAUCGGCGCACACGGAGGCUCUUACUCAAUAUACAAUGCUUUGGCCGUGGCUAGCAAGAACCUUGACAUCUCUCACAAGCCAGAUUUCACCAAUACCGAGCCUGCCGCGAACAUUGGCCCCUUUCCCCAAUGGCAUGACAAGAAGAAAAUCGUUGCAAUGGAUCCAUUGGGUCACCUUGCGCCGUGGUUGUACAAAGACACCAUGAAUAAGGAAGGCGUGGAGAUCAGACCAUCAAUAGCAAUUACGAAGGCUCACAUGAAACUCCCCGAGCUGGAGACUAGUGUACGGAAUGGUCGCCUCGUGCCUGAUGGUAAAAUCUGUCUGAACGAAACUGGUGAACUCGCAGUGACUAAAGUCGCUGUCGAGCCUGUGUGGUAUCUCCCCGGCGUUGCGGAACGCUUCGGUAUUGACGAGGGUACACUUCGACGGACGCUCUUCGAAGAGACCGGAGGCUCUUACCCUGAACUCAUCACUCGCCACGACAUUAAGGUCUUCCUGCCUCCUAUUGGUGGUUUGACAGUGUACAUUUUCGGCGAUCCAGCUAAGAUGUCUGACCCUGAUGCUCGCCUUGCUCUCCGUGUUCAUGACGAGUGUAACGGCAGUGAUGUUUUCGGCUCUGACAUCUGCACUUGCCGACCCUAUCUCAUCUUCGGUGUGGAAGAGGCGGUCAAGGAGGCACAGAAAGGAGGCAGCGGUGUCGUCAUUUACUUCCGAAAAGAGGGACGGGCCCUUGGUGAGGUUACUAAGUACCUGGUCUAUAACGCACGAAAGAGAGGUGAGGAUAGAGCAAGUGAAUACUUCAAGCGGACCGAGAAUAUCGCCGGUGUGAAAGACAUGCGAUUCCAAGCUUUGAUGCCUGAUAUUCUACACUGGCUUGGCAUUACACGAAUCGACAGGAUGCUUUCUAUGUCCAACAUGAAGCAUGAUGCCAUAGUAGAACAGGGCAUACCUAUCCAUGAGCGAGUACCGAUUCCCGAAGAGAUGAUUCCGGAAGACAGCCGGGUGGAAAUUGAUGCAAAAAUCCAGGCAGGAUAUUUCACCACUGGUCAUGUCAUGUCCAUGGAAGAGCUUUCCAAUGUCAAGGGGCGUGGUUGGGAGGAUGUUGAUCAUUAAUCUUUAUCCAUUUAUCGCACUGGACCCUACUGAUAUCCGAAAACAUGGUAUGGGUUGAGUAAGCGCCUGCAUCUGCAUCGGUACGCUGCAUACAGGGUCUCUUUUCAAGAAUAGCUGCAUGGUCACUACACAGGGGCUGCGUGAUUAUGCCAUCUAAGGUUACUACCCCUUCCUCGGGCCUCAACAAGUGGUGCCAUGUGUUCUCAUUCGCAGACGCGAC